AUGAAGCAGCAAAUUUUCGCUUCUUACGUCCCUAGCUCCUAUCCAAACAAGGCGGAUCUGCCAGAGUCCCACUUGCCGUUUCGUUCUGCACCAAACGGUCCGCCUACCCCAAAUUCCCGCCAGCACACGUUUGACGAGACCUCGUUCUUCAACACUGCGCCCCAAGAGCAUUUCAGUGUCCCAGUAUCCGGAGGAGCGGAAGGCUCACUCGACACAUGGCUCAUGGACAUACCUGCACCCUCAAGCCCAGAGUCGUCUAGGAUGUCAGUGAGCCCCUCUCAGGGUAUCGCAACACCGCCGUCCGAUACCUUCUAUUCGCCACCGUACCCUGAGCAGCUACCAGUCUAUGCAUAUGAUCUGCCAGAGCAGCCACAGCCGCUCCGGUCUUACUCCACAAGCCACCCCGAAUGGGUGGACAAUGCCGGAAACUGGCAACGAAACCACUCUGAAGGUGUUCUAUGGGGCACUCCAUCAUUCGUUGCUCAACCUUGGACUCCCAAUCUAUACAGCGGCAACGCUCCCUCCAACGUGAAUCAAACGCAUACGAGCAACGCAGCACUUGCAUCAUUCAUGUAUCCUGCACAGGAUCAUUUCCCAACAUCCGAGGUCAUUCAGACAAACUCUGCUGUGGAGGCUGACGAGGGUUCCCCUUCAUACGAGGACCUUACGGACAACGAAGACACAUCUGACGAAAACUCCGACAGCAGUGAGGAAGAACCGGAUGAUAAUCAGGCCGAAAGUUCCCCGUCGGGAUCUAGACUCAUAUCAAACCUCGGAUCAGCGCGCAUACAAGUUGACAGAUGGACUAUCCCAGUCAACAGCAUUCAGCAAUCAGACACACGCAUUUACGUGUGUAACGUACCAAACUGUCACACACCCUUUCAACGUCCAGAACAUCUCCGACGACACGUCAGGUCCAAGCACACCGAUCUCAGGCCCUUUCUCUGCAAGGUUCCUGCAUGCAAAAAGGGGUUCUCACGUGGCGACAACUUAGCCGAUCACUACUGGACACAUCUUGAACGCGGCGGCCGAUCUGGAGUGAAUAAAAAGAUGAGCCUGUCAGAGCUCAGGGUCAUCCUUAUGCCAGGAGGGAAGAAAAUUGUACGGAAACUCAGAGACAAGCUUCAAAAACACGCGGAGAGGGAGAGACAAAAGAAGUUGCAGGUAUUACGACUAGCACAUCCGGUGCGUGCUAUGUUGUAG